UACAGUAGCAUGAAUCCACCGACAUGCGCAGUUAACAGCAGUCGGACAGCAGUGGGAAAGGAAUGAUGGCGUCUUCCGCAGCUCGGUGUACAGCACGCUGGAUAUCAGUGGCCGUCUCCUCAGGGCACCGGCGGGCCUGCUCCACACUUGUUUCGGCCCACACCGGCGGAACCCGUGCUGUCUCAAAAUGGGCAGCCCAGUCGAUCGGACCUCGGGGCAGUGUGUUAAGCGGCGGAUCCGGGAGUGCCUUGACAUUGAGAGGACUGUCAGGUGUGAAGCCCCCCCAUGUCAUCUGCAGACUCUCAUUCCACACUAGCGCCCCAGCGUCCAGCAAGCAGGACUUCUACCAGGUGCUGGGCGUCCCUCGCACCGCCACCCAGAAGGAAAUCAAGAAGGCAUAUUACCAGAUGGCCAAGAAGUACCACCCUGACACAAACAAAGAUGAUCCCCAGGCUAAAGAGAAGUUCGCUCAGCUGGCGGAGGCUUAUGAGGUGCUGAGCGACGAGUUGAAGAGGAAGCAGUACGACACGUACGGCUCGGCCGGGUUUGACCCGGGCCAGGCCGGCGCCGGACAGCAGCAGUACUGGAGAGGAGGGGCCAGCGUGGACCCGGAGGAGCUCUUCCGGAAGAUCUUCGGCGAGUUCUCCGGGAAGCAGGGAUUCGGAGACUUCAACUCCAUGUUCAGCCAGCCCCAGGAGUACGUGAUGGAGCUGACCUUCACGCAAGCGGCGAAGGGCGUGAAUAAGGAGAUAACGGUCAACAUCGACGACUCCUGUCAGCGCUGCGACGGCAAGGGCAGCGAGCCCGGGACGAAAGUGCAGCACUGCCACUACUGCAACGGCACUGGCAUGGAAACCAUAAACACCGGGCCCUUCGUGAUGCGUUCCACCUGUCGCCGCUGCGGCGGGCGGGGCUCCGUCAUGACCACGCCCUGCGUAAUGUGCCGCGGGACGGGGCAGACCAAGCAGAGGAGGACCGUCAUGGUCCCGGUGCCCGCAGGUGUGGAGGAUGGCCAGACAGUCCGGAUGCCCGUGGGAAAGAAAGAGAUCUUCAUCACGUUUCGGGUCCAGAGGAGCCCGGUGUUCAGGCGGGACGGGCCGGACAUCCACUCAGACGUUCUGAUCUCCGUGGCCCAGGCCAUCCUGGGGGGUUCUGCGAGGGCCCAGGGCCUGUAUGAGACCAUCAACAUCUCGAUCCCAGCUGGGAUCCAGACCGACCAGCGGAUCCGUCUCUCGGGGAAAGGCAUCGCCCGGAUGAACACCUACGGAUACGGAGACCACUACGUCCACAUCAAGAUCCGCAUCCCCAAGACGCUGACAGACAGGCAGAGGGCUCUCAUCAUGAGCUACGCUGAGGACGAGGUGGAGGUGGACGGCACGGUCAACGGUGUGACCGCCACGACUGCGGGUGGGGGCAGCAGAGAUCAGCAGGCAGAGGGAGAGGCAGGGAAGAGCGAGGAGGGCGGAUUCUUCUCCAAAUUAAAGAAAAUGUUUAGCUGACAGCCACAAGUCAGGUAAAAGGUCCACUGGGAGCUAAGGAGAGACCGUGGGGGUGGGGGGUUGGAGAGAACAGCCAGGAGAGAAUCCGCUGGCUCGUGAGAGGACCCGAACCCAAACCUGAACCUGGACAGUCCCGGAACUGACGGCACGUCACCCGUGCCCCGAGGAACGAAGGCAUCCAACACAACUCAUCACAAACGGAACACCAAACAGCCAAGUCACCCGGUUCACUAACGCCCGACACCGCGGCGCGGCUAGCUCACACUGUACAACAGCAGCCCCACUCUACCCAGUUGGACUCCUCACUUACCAUGUUCAUGUCUGUAAGUCUACCCGCCCAGGGAAGGGUACGUUUGUUUGAAACGGUGCCACUUGUAAAGCAAAAGAAAGCCGCAUAUUCUGCCUGGAGAUGUUCUUGGAAUUAGUCACUUUACGUCAUUUUCUGUGGAAAAUGUUUGAAUGUGUGCAGAAUGAUUCUCGUUUCCUUGGCUCCAGCUGCUUUGAGUGCAUCUUCAGUUCACUAGAAAAGCUUUACAGCUGAGAGUGUUCUGACCUCUAAGUUGCCUCAAAGGUAAAGGUUUAAAGGGACAGUUCUCUCUUUCUGGGGGCUGCCAUGGAGUUACUGUGCAUUUUUUGUUGUUUCUUUAAACCGCAAACAUCAAAAUGCUGUACACUUCCCCUUGUACAACGAGUUGGUUGCCAGAAACAUCAUCGUUUACAGUCUGGGUCAAUCGAAAACUCAAAGAGAACUGUCCCUUUAAGCCGUGGGGUCCACUGUGUUGAAAGGCACACAGAGAGAAACAGAACCCUGAGAGUUAAGUUUGGUUGGCAGCACGGAGCAUUGCUAAAAACCGACCCAUCUGGUGUGGCUGACUCUGGUUUAAGGACUGUUGUUUCUUUCACUCGUGGACAGAUGAUCCAUGAUAGUCCUAAUCCCAAACAUUCACUGUCAAAUAUUUACGCUGUUCGUCAGGGCAAAUGUAUUUACCCAUGCAAUUCCUUAUCAACCAGAACCAUUUACAUAUUUCCAGCUCCAGGUAUAUAGGCAUAUUUCCAACUCGAUAAAACUCGACAACGUAGUGUCAGAAAAAUCAGCGUCCAGGACUGCAGUUUGCAAGGGUUUUAUUUUUCAAUUUGUCUAACCAGUUUUUUUUUUACAGUAUUUAUUUUAUUUUAAGUAUGGAGCUGGACCGUGAAGGUUCUAGCAGUUACCCAAGCAGGUGAAGGCGUCUCUGCGUUUGGGCUUCUUCGUAACUGAACCGUCCAUGUCGGCUGAUGCACUACGCUGCAGUUGCCAUGGCAGAAGUGACAUGCCAUCCAGAUGCUGAACAGUGAUAAACUGAUAUUUCUGAGCAGUGUUGUAGCAUAAAACAAACAGCAAGUGCAUGGCUGCUGUUGUCAUCACCCCCCCACCUCCCCCACACAAACUUUUACACGAAGUGAGUCGAGUCAAAAAGAAUCCCAUUCAAUAAUCUCUAGCUCUGUACAUAGAUUCAGUUGUUGGUAUGGAAGAUGUACUUAUGUCACAUAGUUGGAACAGACAAAGUUGGACAAUAAAUCUAUAUGAAUACAAACAUGAAA